UAAGGUGGGCGGGUGAAGUGGAGGCAGGCAGCUCCUCUCAGCCCCCCAGAGCUGAGCUGGGCAGAGCAGAGCAGAGCAGAGCAGAGCAGGGCAGAGCAGAGCGAGGGACCUGGCGCUGCGGUGCUGCCCGGCCGUACCCAUGCUGCCACUGCCGCUGCGCCUCCGCCCCGGGCGGCUGAGAGGUGCCCCGCUGCUCCGCUCGGCCGCACUAAGAGGAGCCGCCGCCGGCGACGGGCCCGGGCGGGGCCCAGGAGACCCCCGAGCUGAACAGGCACACAAGGUGGUUGCAAGCUACAAACCUUCAAAGUUUGACAAAAAAAUCCUCCUGUGGACCGGUCGCUUCAAAAUGGAAGAAGAAAUUCCUCUGAGGAUCCCGCCAGAGAUGCUAGACAGGGCAAGGAACAAAGCCCGUGUUAAAGCUUGUUACAUCAUGAUCGGCCUUUCAAUUGUUGCCUGUUUUGCAGUGAUUGCUUCAGCAAAAAAGGCUGCAGCACGGCACGAAUCCCUGACAAGCUGGAAUUUGGCAAAGAAGGAGAAGUGGAGGAAAGAGGCCGCACUGGCAGCAGAGUCAAAGCCAAAAUAACUUUGUGAGAUGCCUCGUGUCCUUGCAGGAGCAAAGUUAACAGUCAAGAGAGGAGACAGCUGUAAACCAUCUGCUUUGUAUUUCCAACUGUACAAAUGACCAUCUCUGUCAUCCAUGAUUGCAGCAUUCUUGUGGUAACUACAGCAACCACUUCCACAGCAAAGUAUUGUAUUUGUGGCUGACUUUAAAUGCCAUUUAGCAGCUUUAAUUACAGAGCAAGCACCAAGUGACCAGCAAGCCCUCUGCUGAUUCCAAUUUGAAAACUUCUGAAACAGUCUCUUCCCACAUAAUUGUGUAAAAGCUUUUUCAGGUACUCAGUAUUACAUAUUGUGUAAUUAUCAUUAUAUAUAUGUAUUUAUGUCUUUAAAUACAUUUUAUAAAUAAAUUCCAACAGCGUGUGGUAAAGUAAGUAACGUGUGGAAGUUUCAUAAUUUAAAUAAAUAUUUUUCACAUUCCAA